UCGCCACCUCGCAAUCGGCUCGCCCCCGCUUCAUCAGCGCCCAACCUUCGAACCCUCGCAACUCGACCAUCACGACCUCUGCGGGCUCAACGGCCCCACACCUCUGCUUGAGGCACCCAAGAAGGCCAAGGUCGAGGACGACGAGGAGGACGCGGCCUUCAAGGCGAAGCAGAAGGCCGAGCAGGCCAAGCUCAAGGACAUGCAGGCCAAGGCGGCAAAGGGCGGCCCCCUCCUCGGCGGCGGAAUCAAGAAGAGUGGAAAAAAAUGAUUAUUUACGCCGUCGGCGCCGUCGUUCUCCCGCCUCGUCGCGUCCUGCAAGAAGAGUCGAUGGUCGAGUCGGA